UGAUUUUUUCUUCUUUUAAACAUUAUAAUUUUCUACCAUUUUUUGUUUAUUUUAUUUUAUUUUCUGCUAAAACGAUGAUUUUUAAAUUUUUUAGUCUUAAUGCUUUUUUUGUUAACAUAUUAAUCAAAUACACAAAUGAAUCAAUUGAAAAUUUUGACAUUUGUGAACAUAAAAUCCAUUGAAACAUGGAAAAUUUUGAAAUAAAUGGCAAUCCAAAUCUGAAGAGUAUUAACUUUUGACAAAAGAAACUUUGAAUCAAAAGUAAAAUGUGACAGUACACAAUUGAAUAAUGAGAGAUGGCAAUUUAUACAUCUACCACUUAAAAUAUACUAGAUAUAUAAUAUAGUAUACAACAUAUUAAUAUAAAACAGAAAAAAUAAAUUAUUUUAUAAUAUAAUUCUAUUAAUUAUUAUAAUUUAUAAUUAAUAAAUUUUAUAUUAUUUAUUUAUUAUAAUAUUAUAAUUUUUAGACGGUUUAAAAGAUAAUUGUAACGGUUUUAGAGGAUUUAACGACUAAACGACAAUUUACACAGCUUCACCAUUGACUAAUAACAUAAAAAUCUAAUUUUUAAUAAAAAAAUAUAUCUAAAUAUCUUCAUUUUCUCUACAUUUUAUGCAUCAAAAGUUAGUUCAAUUAAACGCUGCAGUUGAGAGAGGGUUAAAAAACCAAUAAAGGAGUAACAAGAAGAAUGAUAAAAAAAUCUAAAAAGCGAAUAUUGAAAUAUCCAAAAGAAUAAAGAAAGAGAAGGAAAGUGAUUUAUUGUCAUAAAUAAAUGGCGAACAAUUAAGGAGAAAAUCGCGAGAAAAGAGGAUUGAAACUAGAGAGCGUGCUUUCGCACUGGUCUUCUCUUUUUUUUUUUUCUACACACACCCAAAGAAAAAAGACCAUCAUCUCUCCUCUCCUCUCCUCUCUCUCACUUCCUCAUAUAAAUAGUGACCAGUGUCCUUGUUCUAGAGAGAGAGAGAAAAACUCGCCGCUUUUACUUUUUUGUUGGACUCUGAAGGUAGCACUAAGCACAUAUCUCGAGCGCAGAAAGGCAACGGCUAGUUACUCGGUGUGGGAAGAUCGAUGGAUUACGGAGAAGAUCGCGCCUCAUGGAAUUGGCAAGUGCAGAACUAUGAUCACCAGCCACAGUCUCAUUUCUCUGAUGUGACAAUGACGGAAGUCACAUUGAACCAAGAAGAUCACUCAUACAUGUUUGAUGAUCACUCCACCCCUGUCAAGGCCUGUGCCGAGUUGGGUUAUCAUGUCACAACCGAUGAAACGACCAAGAAGCUGGAAGUGCAAAGUGAGACACGCUCUGCUGUUAAGAGGCGUCGGAUGUUACUAUUCGAUGAGCAGCCUAUGGAAACGUCCCUUUUCAGCAGUGAGAGCUUCUCUUCGAUCUUAAAAUCAAGCGCUAGAGAGGAAACAUUUGAUGAGCUUUUGCCUGAGGGAUCUCAGCUUAUAGAAGGGUUUUCAGCGGACGCAUCUGCCUCAAGCUUGGACUUAGAGGGCCUUGAUUUGUAUGCUGAAGAAUGGUACGCUGAUUGCUUAAAUGAUGCCGAGACUCCAAUCCUACCUGAUGACUUAAGCUUUGUAGAAAGCUUUGGUUCUCCUGAUGUCCAAGUAGAUAUAUCAGAGUAUCUAAAUGUGCCACCAGAACCGGAAGCAAGGGAAGUUAGGCGACCUAUGACUCGAUCUUCUCCAAAUGUUAUCUUUAAAGCAGGUCGGAAAUCAUUUGCAAGGCCGGUUCCAAGGCUACCAUCAUCGAUCAUCUAUCCAUUUGCAUUCAUCAAACCAUGUGGGGUUCACGGCGACAUGACUCUCAAGGACAUCAACCAGAAAAUCAGAACACCAGCAGCAAAACCAAAGGAAGACAAACUAGAGCCACCAGUGAUCCAAACAUCAGCAUUCUCUGGGAAACCCGUUGUUGGGAAGACUAAGAUCCGCACAGAAGGAGGAAAAGGAAGCAUCACGAUUAUGAGGACAAGAGGCUAAGCUAUAAGUUAAGUAGAAAGUAUUUAAGGUUUUUCAUUCGCUGCUGAAACUCUAUAAACCUUUUUGCCUUAUUCUCAGAGGCCUUAAAUCUUUUAUUUACCGGAUAUAGUUCCAGUGAAGGGGGCUUUAGGUAAGUACAGCGGCUAAUACUCUUGUCAUGAAUCAUGUUCUUGUUUCGUUUUGGUAUCUGUGGUAAGAAAGUGAAAUCAAGGAGCUGUAAGCCAAUGCGGUAGGAUGUUUUUUGUUUGUAUAAAGUUCUUAAUGUAGCUGAAAACUGAAAUGCCAAAACUCUUGAGUUUAUGUCUCUCAAGUAUCUAAGUGGAUAGUAGCUAUAAUAAAUCUUGUUUCCUUUUAAA